AUGAUCAUGGCACAGCUGGGAGCGGUAGUUGGAGUGGUCACUGUCCUAAUUGCCUUGAUUUUACAUUCAUCUAUUCAUAAAGUAGAAGAAGGUCAUCUGGCUGUGUAUUACAGAGGGGGCGCUUUAUUAAGUAAUCCAAGUGGACCAGGAUACCAUAUAAUGCUCCCUUUCAUCACUAAUUUUCGUUCAGUUCAGACAACAUUACAAACUGAUGAAGUGAAAAAUGUACCCUGUGGUACCAGUGGGGGUGUUAUGAUUUACUUUGACCGGAUAGAGGUUGUGAAUAUGUUGACUCCUUCAGCAGUGUAUGACAUUGUGCGGAACUACACAGCAGAUUAUGACAAAACAUUAAUUUUUAACAAAAUCCACCAUGAGCUGAAUCAGUUUUGCAGCGUUCACACACUGCAGGAAGUGUAUAUAGAGCUGUUUGAUCAGAUUGAUGAGAACCUUAAACUGUCACUACAGAAGGAGCUUAAUUCCAUGGCCCCUGGACUCACGAUACAGGCGGUACGUGUAACUAAGCCAAAGAUUCCAGAAGCUAUCCGCAGAAACUUUGAACUAAUGGAAGGGGAGAAGACCAAGCUAUUGAUUGCUGCGCAGAGGCAAAAGGUGGUAGAGAAAGAGGCAGAGACUGAAAGGAAAAAAGCGGUAAUAGAGGCAGAAAAAGUUGCACAAGUGGCAAAAAUUCAGUAUCAACAAAAAGUAAUGGAGAAGGAAACUGAGAAACGCAUUUCUGAGAUUGAAGAUUCAGCUUACCUUGCUAGGGAAAGAGCCAGAGCGGAUGCUGAAUUUUACACUGCUGAGAAGUUUGCAGAGGCUAACAAGUUAAAACUGACACCGCAGUAUCUGGAGCUCAUAAAGUAUCAAGCCAUUUCAGCGAACAAUAAGAUCUAUUUUGGAAGUGACAUUCCCAGCAUGUUUAUGGAUUCCUCUUCUCUGAAACCUCCAGUAAUGGAGCAGUAUGGUGGAGGAUUUUCAGACAGAGAGAGCAAGUCUCAGAAGAAGGCUGGGAAAUCAUGA